CACCACCUUUUUUCGCAAUUAUUUUGUUAUUGAGCGGCAUCACAUUAAUUUAUAGUCACCCUUAGCAUCGUAAAUUCAUAAAUAACCGGUUUAUGUUCGCUUCGUAUAUAUUUUCAGAUUUUUUUUGAUGAAUUAGUUUCCGAUUUUGUCAAAAUGGCUUUGGAGGCAUUUCUGGAUUCCGAUGGGGCUGGAGGAAUUCUGGAGGCUCUAAUCUCUCAAACCUCGAUGCGAACCGAAGAACGUUCGUCUUCUUUUCUCAACACUGCGCAAUCGAAUCCAAAUUUCGCUUCUGAUUUUACGAAUUUUUCAACUUCGAGUGGUGCUCGUUCGAAGAGUUUUGUGAAUACUAAUCAUAUGGAUUCGAUGCCGUUCUCGAGCAAAAAUCCAGGUGGACAAACGGAGAGAAAGAAGCAGCUCAAGAAAAAUACGAGAAGCUGUACGGAUUUACACAAGAUGACAAACGUACAAAUUUGCCGAGAUUCGCUUCGUGUUGCCCCAACUGCGAAGAAAACGAGGCUCGAUGUCAACCAGGAGGAAGAAAUUAUGAAGGAAUUAUAUUUGAAGGAGCUGCAAAGUCGAAACCCGCAACUAACUGCAAUGAUCAAUCAGUGUAGACAGCAAAAUCUAAACCCGGUUUUAAAUUCGGCUCAGCAUUUGAGGGGGUCCCACUUUCAGCAGCAGCUACAGAAUCAGCAUACGAGGAAUAUUCUAGAAGAACAGGGCAAUAUCCAACGAGUGGCUUUUGCUCCUUUGCUUGACGGUGCUAUUUGUUCGAGACGAUUGAAGCAGUAUCUCUAUCAUUUGAGGAACAAUAUACGCGACAACAACAUUGCCUAUUGGAAGAAAUUCGUGUCGGAAUAUUACGCAUCGGGUGCAAAGAAAAGGUGGUGUUUCUCUAAAUACGAAAACAUCGAGCUGCAUACAAGCGGCGUUUUCUGCCCUGUAUCUACGGAGACGUGGUAUUGCGACAUAUGUUGUUCUAAAUCAGGGAAGGGACUCGAGGCGACAUCCGACAUAUUUCCUAAGCUGUUCAAGAUAAAGUUUGAGAGUGGCAUGCUCGACGAGAUUCUAUUUCUUGAUUCACCUCGAGCGUGUAAAAUUCCAUGCGGGCUGGUUCUUGAAUACGGGAAAGCAACUCAAGAGAGCGUCUACGAAAAUUUCCGAGUAGUGCAUGUGGGAACACUUCGCGUUGUCUUCAGAUAUGACUUGAAGAUAUUGUCCUGGGAAUUUUGUGCGCAAAAUCACGAGGAGUUUCUGCUUCGUAGAUCGAUUACUCCUCAGGUUAAUCAAUUGGUUCAUGUAGCUGAGAAAUUUCAACAUGACAUCCUUAACGGGACAUCUUGUAGGGUCUCGUCGGAGCAGGAUUUUCAACCAAUUUGGGAUAUGUUUGUAUCGGCAGGUAAUCAACUUGCGAGAAAUAUGGAAUUACCUUUGGUGAAUGACUUGGGAUAUCCCAAACGAUUUAUUAGGUGCUUGCAGAUAGCAGAAGUUGUCGAUAGCAUGACGGAUCUCAUGGCACUCAGCCGUGGCACAAAAAUGGGACCAAUUGAUUGCUUGAACAAAUACUCUCAAGGCAACAAGAUUCGUAACCACGCGAAGGAAAAUCAAGAAACGGAACUAUUUGCUCACAGUCAACAAACAUUUCCGUUAAAAUCUGGCCCGGGAAACUCGUCUUCAAAUUCCAUCAACCCUAACCACCAACUUCUUGGGCAAACUUACUCUUCUUCACCAGCAUCCGUGAGUCCAAACGGGCCGCCCAUUUCCUCGACGGGUCAUCUAAACGGGCCCAUCAAUUUCGCGCAAUACUUAAACUCCAAAUCUUCCAUUACGCAUGCCGAAAAUCCUAAUCAAGCUUUGGUCGAUAAGUUGCUCAACGAAAUGGUGAAUAAUGGGCUGCAUUACGGCGAAAGUUCAAAUGCUAGUUCAAGAAAUAUUAGUGCGAAAGCGGAGCCGUAUUCGCCGGAGCAAGCGCCGGAAGUUUUCCAAAAUUCAGGAGGAGGCUUCUCCAGUCAUCAGGAUUUGUGCUGGUAAAUAUACUCAGACGACAACCAUAAACGGUAAAGCUUUUUGAUGGUAAAGAUUUUACUUCACAAAAUGUUAAAAGAACAAUAUUUAAAUAACGUUUUAUCGAGCGUUUUAUGCAUAUUUUAUCAUCCUUUAUUA